UCAAGGUCCCGGAAGAUCCAGUGUCUGUUGAGAGGGAAAAUGUGCAGAAGAGAACCUUUACUCGAUGGGUCAACCUGCAUCUAGAGAAGUGCGACCCACCCCUAGAAGUUAAGGAUUUAUUCGUUGAUAUUCAAGAUGGCAAAAUCCUAAUGGCUUUGUUAGAAGUCCUGUCUGGGCGGAGUCUGCUGCACGAGUACAAAUCCUCCUCUCACCGCAUUUUCCGGUUGAACAAUAUAGCGAAAGCACUUAAGUUUUUGGAAGAUAGCAAUGUAAAACUGGUUAGCAUCGACGCAGCGGAAAUAGCGGACGGCAACCCCUCAUUGGUUCUUGGGCUAAUAUGGAACAUUAUUCUCUUCUUCCAGAUUAAGGAGCUCACAGGCAAUCUGAGCAGGAACUCUCCAUCUUCCAGCCUGUCACCUGGCUCGGCGGGCACAGAUUCAGACUCUUCCUUCCCACCCACGCCCACCGUGGAGAGAAGCGUGGCGAUAUCAGUGAAGGAUCAGAGGAAGGCCAUCAGGACCCUGCUGGCAUGGGUGCAGAGGAGAACGAGGAAGUAUGGGGUGGCGGUGCAGGACUUCGCGGGCAGCUGGAGGAGCGGGAUGGCGUUCCUGGCCGUCAUCAAGGCCAUCGACCCCAGCCUGGUGGACAUGAAGCAGGCCCUGGAGGACUCCAUGCGGGAGAACCUGGAGAAGGCCUUCCGCAUCGCGCACGAGGCUCUUCACAUCCCCAGGCUGCUGGAGCCCGAAGACAUCAUGGUUGACACACCGGAUGAGCAGUCCAUCGUGACUUACGUGGCACAGUUUCUGGAACAUUUCCCGGACUUGGAAGCUGAGGAUUUCGUGGAUUCGGAUAAAGAAGCCCCUAUCGAAUCCACCUUUGUCCGCAUCAGAGAAACCCCUUCUGAACAGGAGAGCACAGUCUUCCUUCUGACUGAAGAUGGGGAGCGAGCCUACACUAUCAACCAUGAAGCCAGCCAGCCACCACCCUCCAAAGUCUUCGUCUGUGACAAGUCCGAGAGCGCAAAAGAGUGCUUCCUGGGUGGUGUGCCCAGCCGGCUGCUGUCAGACAGCUCUACCGAGUUCAUGCACCAGAUCAUCGACCAGGCCCUCCUAGGGGUCCCAGGGAAGUCUGGCAGCACCAGUGAGCCGUCUCCAGAAUCUUCCAUCUUAUCAUCCAGAAAGGACAACCAGAGGUCCAACUCUUUGCCCAUCAAGAAGACCGUGCACUUUGAGGCGGACACUUUCAAGGACGCUUCCUGCAGUAAAGACCCUUUCUAUGGUCAAGACCUGUGCUUUGAAGGGAGCCUGAGAGGGACAAAGGAUUCGUUGUCAAAGCAGGAUGGGGACAUCCUGGCAGUUGAGAUCGCGGAGGAAAAGCCAAAGCAGGAAGCCCCAAAGAUUUCGGAAGCAGCCUCUGAUGAGUCCCCAGGUGACGAGUCUUCGGUGGACGGUGAGAUCAGUCAUUUGCAGGCUUCCGAGAGUUGUCCCUCGUGGAAUGGGGUGCUGGAGGGUGUAGCCGAUGGAGGGAAGGAGAGUCGUCCCCUGUCGCCCCUCGGGGACAACACAGUUAUGGCCGAUUCCAUGGAAAUCAAGGUCAAGCUGCUGACCGUAGAAGCGAUGGGUGAGGAAGACUAUUUUGAAGGCGUACCUUUAAAAGCCUCUAAGUUCAACAGUGACCAAAGAGAUUUUGCCUUGACCAGCCAGGCCCUCAGUGAGGGUCCUCUGCCUCCUGAGAAGAAACCUGUCGAGGAAGAGGUUUUGGAAAAUCAUGCUGAGAAAUUAGGGAAGAGGAAAAGUAAAUCCACGCACCAGAGGAAAGACUCAGAUGAGUCCCCAGAGAGGCUGGACAAGCAGGAACCUCGCCAGGACCCUGGGCAAGAAGUCCAAGGCGGUUCUUUGGCCCCCGAGGAGGCGCCGGUGGAUAGAAAGCCGGAAGUGUAUGAGAAGCCCAAACACAAGUCCACGUGGCACCAUUGGGGGGAAGACGAGGGGGAAGAUGAGGGGCCGCAGUGGCUGGAUAGGGAGCUGCCCUCCAACCCCCCGAACAGCAGCGUCAGCCUGGAGACCCUGCGCAGCCACAGCGAGGAAGGUGUGGACUUCAUGCCCUCCCCGCCCCUGUCCAAGGUGUCCGUCAUUCCCCACGACCUCUUCUACUACCCACACUACGAGGUGCCCCUGGCUGCCGUGUUGGAGGCUUAUGCGGAAGGCUUGGAGGAUUUGAAAAUCGAGGACCUGGAUGUGGAGGAGCCAGAGGACUAUCUGCGUGCCCUGGGGCCCGGGGACAAGGCCGAGGAGGCCGAGGUCUCUUGGGACAGCCAUAGAUUCCCGGGGCUGGGCGAGAACGUCCCCAAGGCCACCGUCCCCACCCCGAGUACCGACAGAGAUGCCGAGGGCACCAGACCAGCCUUGGAGCCCACACCCCCAUCCCCACUGGAAGACCACCAGCAAGAGGAGGCUGCAGAGGGUGGUCCUGGGGAGAGCCAUCAGUCCCAGGAAUUUGCAAACUUGGGAAACUUAGCAAACUCUUUAGAAGAAAAGGUAAUGGGAGAAUCAACCAGCAGUAAAAAGAAGGAAAAAAGGAAGCACAUGGACCACGUAGAAAGUUCAACAUUUAUAGCACCGGGCAUCGUCCGAUCCUCAGAUGACCUGGAAGAAGACACUGCUGACCACGGAGUCCUCCCCAGGACUAGUCACAGCGACUCCAGCAUUUACAUUCGACGACAUGCUAACAGGUCUUUGGAACCGGAUCCUUUUAGCUACGUUCAAUUGAGGAACGCAGCAGAUCUGGAUGACAGAAGAAACCGAACGUUAACCAGGAAGGCCAACGACUCUGGCGAAGCCGUGUCGCAGGAGAGCCAGAGCCCACAGAGCGACUCUCUGACGCAGUUUGUCCAGCAGCCGGAUAUGAUGUAUUUUAUCCUCUUCCUCUGGCUCCUGGUUUAUUGCCUCCUGCUCUUCCCACAGCUGGACAUCACCAGACUCUGAUGCGUGCGUCUGCACAAUAAAAACGCCAGGUUCCUGACCAGGGGGCGGGA